ACCCCCUCCCCCGUCUCCAUCUGUCUCUCUGAAUCUCUUUAUCUUUCCACCUCACUCUCUCCCUCCCUCCUUUGCUCUCUCUCUCUCUCUUUUGUUCCCUUCUUGCCGUUCUAUGUUGUUGAUCUGCAUCAUGGCUUUGUUGCUUCUCCUCCUAUAAUCACAGCUUUAUCUCUCUGUUAUCGGACUUGAUAUCUUCACCUCUUCCUCUUUUACCUGGUGGGCUUCUGCUAUUUCUCUCUGUUCAUCAUGGAUCUGUCCUUCAUGGCAGCGCAGAUCCCUGUAAUGACGGGUGCCUUCAUGGAUUCGUCUCCAAAUGAUGACUUCAGCACAGAUCACUCGCUCUUCAACUCCUCUGCCAGCGUCGCUCUUCACCAGCAGGAGGCGCCACAGCGGGUUUCCCGCGAUGCCAUCUGGCUCUGGAUCGCCAUUUCUGCCACCAUCGCUAACAUCGUGGUGGUCGGAGUCGUCUACGCCUGCACCUUCUGAAACAAGGAACUUUGGGAGAUGAGUGUAGGUUGGCACUCGACACCUUUGCACUGAGAGAUGUUCUGGAUGCAUCUGAUAUGUUUUGUUGCUACGAAGUUAUGGGGAACUUUAUUAUUAUUUCCUGAUCAGCUGUUAUAUGUUCAGCUAAAUACAUACAGUUCAUUAACACUCUGAAAUGUUUACUCUACAGACCUGUAAAGCUACAGACUGAUGAACCGAUCUGGAUUAUAAUCAUAAAAGGAGUCAGUUUACUUUAAUCACCUGCUCAGGUGAAUCCAGUCCAGGAUUUACAUCUGCCCCAUUCACACAAUCCUAUCCUGAUUAGCAUCAGAUCACCUUUCACUCAUCUGUAAUCUGAUUUAUAUUCAAACAUCAGGCUCCAAACAUCAGGCUCCACACAUCAGGCUCCAAACAUCAGGCUCCAAACAUCAGGCUCCAAACAUCAGGCUCCAAACAUCAGGCUCCACACAUCAGGCUCCACACAUCAGGCUCCAAACAUCAGGCUCCACACAUCAGGCUCCACACAUCAGGCUCCAAACAUCAGGCUCCACACAUCAGGCUCCAAACAUCAGGCUCCAAACAUCAGGCUCCACACAUCAGGCUCCAAACAUCAGGCUCCAAACAUCAGGCUCCAAACAUCAGGCUCCACACAUCAUGACUCCAAACAUCAGGCUCCAAACAUCAGGCUCCAAACAUCAGGCCCCAAACAUCAGGCCCCAAACAUCAGGCUCCAAACAUCAGGCUCCACACAUCAGGCUCCACACAUCAGGCUCCACACAUCAGGCUCCAAACAUCAGGCUCCAAACAUCAGGCUCCAAACAUCAGGCUCCACACAUCAUGA